CAUGUAUAGAGGGGAGCGCGCUCGAUCUGCUGGAGAUCACAGUGACGCGCGUCGCAACAGACGCAGGACAGGAGGCAUCACGUAGACUAAUAUCCCUGGUGCACGAAACCUACUAUUAUAUAACAAUCUACAAGAUGUCCAAGCCACUAACGGACCAAGAGAAAAGGAAGCAAAUUUCCGUGCGAGGUCUCGCCGGGGUUGAAAACGUCGCAGACCUCAAGACCAAUUUUAAUCGCCAUCUGCACUUCACUUUGGUUAAGGACAGAAAUGUUGCAACGAAGCGCGACUACUACUUCGCCCUGGCGCACACCGUCCGCGACCAUUUGGUGGGAAGAUGGAUUCGGACGCAGCAGCAUUACUACGAGAAAGACCCGAAACGUGUGUACUAUCUCUCUCUGGAAUUCUACAUGGGGCGGACCCUUCAAAACACCAUGGUAAACUUAGCUUUGGAGAAUGCCUGUGACGAGGCCAUCUAUCAGCUGGGUCUGGAUAUGGAGGAGCUGCAGGACAUGGAGGAGGAUGCUGGCCUAGGCAACGGAGGCCUUGGUCGACUGGCAGCUUGUUUCUUGGACUCCAUGGCAACUUUGGGCCUGGCAGCAUAUGGAUAUGGAAUCCGAUAUGAGUUUGGAAUCUUUAAUCAGAAAGUUGUGAAUGGCUGGCAGGUGGAGGAAGCGGAUGAUUGGCUGCGUUAUGGCAAUCCUUGGGAAAAAGCCCGGCCUGAAUACAUGCGUCCUGUGCAUUUCUAUGGUCGAGUGGAGCACAACCCUGAUGGAGUGAAAUGGGUGGACACACAGGUGAGAGCAAAGCAACCAUGUAUCUAUCUGGGUCUGGAUAUGGAGGAGCUGCAGGACAUGGAGGAGGAUGCUGGCCUAGGCAACGGAGGCCUUGGUCGACUGGCAGCUUGUUUCUUGGACUCCAUGGCAACUUUGGGCCUGGCAGCAUAUGGAUAUGGAAUCCGAUAUGAGUUUGGAAUCUUUAAUCAGAAAAUCGUGAAUGGCUGGCAGGUGGAGGAAGCGGAUGAUUGGCUGCGUUAUGGCAAUCCUUGGGAAAAAGCCCGGCCUGAAUACAUGCGUCCUGUGCAUUUCUAUGGUCGAGUGGAGCACAACCCUGAUGGAGUGAAAUGGGUGGACACACAGGUCAUCCUUGCCCUUCCCUAUGACACACCUGUCCCAGGAUACAGAAACAACAUUGUUAACACAAUGAGGCUCUGGUCUGCCAAAGCUCCAUGUGAAUUCCACCUCAAAGACUUUAAUGUUGGAGGUUACAUCCAGGCCGUUCUGGACAAGAAUCUAGCUGAGAACAUCUCCCGUGUGCUUUACCCUAAUGACAAUUUCUUUGAGGGGAAAGAGUUGCGUCUGAAGCAGGAGUAUUUUGUGGUGGCUGCGACUCUCCAGGACAUCAUCCGCAGGUUCAAAGCCUCCAAGUUUGGCUCGACUGAGGUAGUGCGCAUGGAUCUGACCACACUGCCAGAUAAGGUUGCUAUACAGCUGAAUGACACUCAUCCUGCACUGGCCAUCCCUGAACUGAUGAGAAUACUGAUGGAUGAUGAGAAACUGUCCUGGGACACGGCUUGGGACAUCACUGUGCGUACUUGCGCAUAUACUAAUCACACUGUGUUACCAGAAGCUCUGGAACGCUGGCCUGUCGACCUGUUCCAAAACCUUCUGCCCCGUCACCUAGAGAUCACCUACGAGAUUAACCGACGUCACCUGGAGCGAAUCUCUGCGCUCUACCCUGGCGAUCAUGAUCGUUUGAGACGCAUGUCUCUUAUUGAGGAGUGCGGUCAGAAGAAGAUCAACAUGGCUCAUCUCUGCAUCGUUGGCUCUCACGCAGUCAAUGGCGUGGCACAAAUCCACUCGGACAUUAUUAAAGACACUGUUUUUAAGGACUUCUAUGAUGUGGACCCACAGAAGUUUCAGAACAAGACCAAUGGUAUCACACCUCGUCGCUGGCUUGUCAUGUGUAACCCUGGACUGGCUGAGGUUAUCGCUGAGAGAAUUGGAGAGGACUAUAUCCGCGACCUGUGCCAGCUGAAGAGCCUCUUGAAGUUUGUGGAUGAUGAUGCUUUAAUUCGAGACAUUGCCAAAGUCAAACAGGAAAAUAAGAUGAAAUUUGCAGUGCUUCUAGAAGAACAAUGCAACGUAAAAAUCAACCCAAACUCCAUGUUUGAUGUCCAAGUGAAGAGGAUCCAUGAAUACAAAAGACAGCUGUUGAACUGUCUACACAUCAUCACCCUCUACAACCUUUCCGACAGGCAGUUAUUACGUGAACAGUCCAAGCUUUAA